AUGCACCUCGACGAACUUGAGGAGGGAGCCCUCUACGGUGACGGCAAUCAAUGGAGUCGCGGGCCGGUGAUCGGAAAAAGCGGUUAUGCGGUGGUUUUCGUGGCCACUUUGAACAAGUACAAGCGCCGCCGUACCAUCGCGAAUCGCCUGAGGCCAGUCAUGGCGGUGAAGUCCUCCGGGACUACAUCGGGUGACGGCGGAGAGCCGGCCUAUAAUCUGUUACUAGAGUACCCGUCCGGCGGAACCCUGGAGGAUUUGAUUGCGAGAAGCGGCGGCAUUGGGCUGCCGGAAAACGACGUUUGGCGAUAUACUAAAUCUUUGCUUCUAGGGCUUGUUCAUCUGCAUGAUCAUGGCUACGUCCACCGGAACUUGAAGCCCAAUAACGUCGUACUCCUCCGCUAUAGUUCAACUGAAUUCAUCGCUAAAAUCGGAAACUACGAGUCUGUUGUUAAGAUUGAGAAGCUGAAGAAGACACUUUGGAGGCCGUAUUCAAGAACGGGUGUUGAUUACUUGUCGCCCGAAGCAUUCUCCGGCGGGAACCAGGGGCACGCCGCCGAUGUUUGGGCUGUUGGCUGCAUAGUUUACGAGAUGCUGACUGGGAAAUCUGUGUGGGAGGGGAGAGAGGAGGUGGAAAUAAGGGCUGAGCUCCGGAAUAUGAAAAAAGGGCGUGGAAGAAUUAAUUUUAAUCCAAAUGGGGUAUCGGAGAAUGGGAAGGAAUUCUUGAAGGGGUGUUUCGAAACAGAAGCUAAGAGCAGAUGGACUGCUGAGAGGUUACUGCGUCUGCCAUUCUUGGCAAGUACGAGCUCGUGAAGGAGGAUUGAGGGUUUAGACAAGGAGUUAUGGAUCGAAGCAACUCGUGAG